GAUCGCAGAACAGCCGUUCUCGUCGAAGCCGGACAGUAUGGCUUCGGCUGCCGGUUCGUUCGCGUUAGUGGCGUCGAUCCACGGUGUUACGGUGCGUAGUCGGCGGCGGGUGUGCAUGCUCCGUUUCCUCCGAGCGAGACACCGCGCGUGAAAACGUGGACAUAGGACGAGGUGGUUGGCGAGAGGAUACGCGGACGAUACGCGGGACGAGGCACGACACGGGCGAGACCGGGGGCUGGCACGCAGGCAGAGAUGCGGCGAAAUGUGAAAAUUGUGUUGCUGCUGUCAUGCGCGUGGAUGUUCGCCUUUGUUUACUACUACCACACGUCGCGGGACACCAAGACAAAGGAACGUCUGUGAAAAGUUUCUCCAAGUGGCUCCAAUUUCAAGAGCAAACAGAAAGCACGAAAGGGAAAGAAGAAAGCUACGCUCUAAAAACCUCUAAUUCGAAAUCAUAUUCCGGAUUCAUAUUCGGUGGAAACGUCGGAGCGAAGCGGAGAUCCGUGAGCCCGAUUCCCAACCGCAUUCCUGGAUUCCUCGGCUGUUGCAGCGUGGUCGCGGUUUCGAGAGCGAAUAGGAACCCGGAGGAUGAUUCGUGAAAGGUUGACCCUCGAUACCGCCUGCCCGUUCUCUUUCCAGAUUACUUAACGAAACCCAGUUGCGACACACGCACCGAAUGGACAUUUCCAACCGCAAGCGUUCACCGUGUCUGGCUGGACAUGACGAAUAAUCAUAAUA